AGGAGUCACCUGUCCCUUUUCACAGCGAGGAGUGAGAGAGGAGUUGCGUAUGUGGGAGGCAGGGGGACUACGAGGCGGCGGCACUGAUGGUUUACCGUGUUCAACAAAACAACACCAAAUAUAUAUAUUCUACGAGCGACCCGGCCAACCUGAGAAGGUGAACACUGCGAAUGAAGAUGAAGCGCUUCACUUGUGAUGCUUUGACGACCAGAAGAAGAGCAGAGAAACGCUAUAACAGAGCAAAGUGUGUUCUUUGGUCGCGGUGCUGCUGAUAUUGUCAGCGGCGCAACACGCGUUCGAUGGGUGGGCCAGUAAUGAAAUUCAUGUUCCCUGAACGACGACGGCGCUUUCUCGUCCUCCCGCGCAUCUCCGACGCAUUCUUGCAUGCCGUCAAACCCCCGUGAAUGUACGCGCCAUCACUGGCACUUGAGUUCAGCAGAAAGAGGUGCCCCCUGACCUGUUGCUGUGUUGAUCAACGAAGGUGCCGCAUCGGUCUAGUCGCUGUUUCGUUCACUACUCUCUCUCUCUUUCCCUUUCUCUAUCGACCCUUUUCUGCCGCGUUGUUGUCGUCCCGCACGCGUCGAGCGCCUCUCUUGUCAAACCUGAACUGCCAGAGCGACAGAGUUACUGCGACGAAGGGGACGGGAACAGAACACGCCGCUAAGCAGUCGCCGCUAAGCAGUCACCACGUAACCCGCCAUGACGGUGUUCCACCUGGAGAGGUGGUGGAAGCGUAAGGACCACCGCAAAAUACGCGGCACCCGCGGCGCACGCUUCGCCUCCUUAAAGUUCCAUGCCAUUUUUCUUAUGAGCGUGUUCGCACUUGUCGAGUACGUCUUUCGCAGCACGGAUGCCUUUACGGCGCGACACCUGCCAGACCCACCGGUCCCUGCCCCACCACCGAUGGCCAAGUCCCUCGGCUACGCCGUGACGAGCGAGAUGCCGCACCUGAAGGCGCUGGAGGUGGAGCUGGGGCCGCCGCCGCAUGUGCCGCAGCGUGAGACGUUCAACUUCAAAGGCCUGCGCGAGGAAGGUCGUAUUAGCUGA